CAGACAGCAUGUAAAUAAUAGGAAAUGAAAGAAUAUAAUCGAUAUCUUGGGGUCCUCUGAUAUCGCAUUGAAUAUGAAGCAGGUGUUUCAACUACUGGCAGGAGUCCAGCCGAGUAGGAUCGCCUGAAACAUCACAUGAAUAUGAAGAAUACCAGUGAACACCAAGGAGCAUUUUCAAUCAUUUGAUGACCAUGAGACGGAGCCCAAGGAGACCCCUGAUCCUCAGAAGAAGAAAGUUGCCGUUUCAGCAAAAUGAUCCUCCAGCGGCUGAACCACAAAGGCGAGCUGAUGCACCGGGCUUCAAAGAACCUCCCAAAUCAGCCGUCAGUCAGUGCUUCCCGGAUGGCAUCCGCAUUAUGGAUCACCCCUCCAUGUCUGAUACACAGGUGGUUGUCAUCCCCAAAUCGGCAGACCUUCAAAGUAUUAUCGGCGCGCUCACUGCCAAAGGCAAAGAGUGUGGCGUCCAGGGCCCAAACAAGUUCAUCCUCUUGAGUGGGAGUGGCAGCCGGGACAAUGGAUCUUUUUGUCAGCCUGCUGCUGAGGGGGAUGACGUCUCUGCAGUUGGACAACCAGUGAAAGAAGAAUCUGUGCCCGGCUCCCUGGACGUUAAACCACUCACUGGAAUCAAAGCAUUGAAUAAGGAAUUGGAGUGUGGUCCUUUGGAUGACAGCCUCACCAAUAUUCAAUGGCUGGGCACGAUGAACACAAUCGAACAGGAUGCUGCCAAGCAGAUGGCCGUCAAGGAGAACCAAAGCUCAAAUUCACAGGCACAGAACGCAGAGGCUGUUCAGCAACCCAUUUCGGAGAGGCCACCGUACUCCUACAUGGCCAUGAUCCAGUUUGCCAUCAACAGUCUGAAGAGCAGGAGGAUGACACUGAAAGAGAUUUACAUGUGGAUCGAGGACCACUUCCCUUACUUCAGAGAGGUGGCCAAACCAGGAUGGAAGAAUUCUAUCCGCCAUAAUCUCUCUCUACACGACAUGUUCCUUCGUGAGUCGUCGCCAGAUGGUAAACUCUCUUUCUGGACCAUCCGGCCUGAGGCCAACAGGUGCCUCACUCUUGAUCAGGUGUACAAGUCCGGCUGUGACCCAAUGACUGCUCCUGUUCUGGUGCCACAACUUUUAUUUCCCAACCAACAAAAGAAGAGGAUGCUUCCUGAUGCAAGAAAAAUGCCAACUAGCUCUGAGAGACGGAUGAAACCUCUUCUCCCUCGAACCGAUUCCUACUUGGUUCCCAUCCAGCUCCCUCUCACAUCCUCUGUCUUCCUGCCGUCUUCCUUGGCCCAGUUUCCUCCCUCUUGCUCGCUGCAGAAGCAGAUCACUUCGCGAGGAGCCAAGAGAGUGCGCAUAGCUCCGAAGGUGACACAAAGUGACGUCCCAGCUGUGGUAGUGUAUCCCCAGAAGGACAAAGACCUCAUGGUGAUGGUGAAGGAGGAGCCGCAAUGUGUCCCGGUUAAAUGCGAGACUCCCAAAGCCCCUCGGAAGAGACAAGGCAGCAGCUCGCGACGCAAACAGCGCCUGGUUCACUCCCUGCACGAGGAGCCCGUCCUCCUCUGCCCCAAUAAUACUUUCUUUGACUCCGGUGUAGUCUCCGAUGCUUCGACUUUCCAGGACAUGCGGGAUACCCAGCUGGAGGAGCACAGCCCCGAUCGGGACUUCUCCUUCAAGACGCCCAUAAAAAGCAGCAGCCACCUGACCUCCUCCACGCCCAGCAAGCCUCCCACUCACGUCUUACCCGAGCCCUGGAAAGUGACCCCCGUGGGCAAAGGGAGCCAGAGCGUUCUGGACUUCAGCCCCAUCCGCACACCCGGUGGCCCCGCAGUCACGCCGCGGCUCGACUACACCACCUUCAGCUUCAACAGCACCCCCUUUAAAGACUGGCCUCUGUUCAGCUCCCCCAGAGAGCUGCUCACGUCGGCUCCCGCCAGAGGGACGGGACCAUCCGAUGCUCUCAUCGAAUGCUUCAGAAGCAGCUGCUCCAGGGAGCUGCUUCAGGCGGGAGGUGGCGCCGCGACGCCCACCAACCGCUCGAUGACGGAGGGCCUCGUCCUGGACACGAUGAACGACAGCCUGAGCAAGAUACUAGUGGACCUUAGCUUCUCCGGACUGGAUGACGAGGAGCUGGGUAUGGCCAAUAUCAGCUGGUCCGAGUUCAUCCCUCAGUUUAAGUAGCCGGGUGGACAAAACACAUUUUAAUCACAUCGAUGUGUCAUCUGUUUUCAGAAACACUAUAGGAGAAGAUGGGAAUAAUGACAGCGGAACUUUGAUUUUCGUUUCCAGGUCAAAUUAGCAAGCUGCUUACUCGUCGUUCCUCUCCAUCUCUGGCUUUUUAUCGGUUCCAUCGCUCUUCAUCUGCUUUUGUCUUGUUCUCUUAUUUCUACUAGUAAAGCUACUGGCAGGUCCUGUUUCCUUCCAUACUUUAUCCUACCCGUUUGUAUCUCUCUGUGCUCUUGAAGGAGAAAUCUAUCCUUGUGUAUGUACAUGUACACUUAUGUAUGUCGAUUUGCACAUUUUAAUAUAUAAUUUAGCUUUUGCAUUUGUGAAUGAAAAGACAAUAUAUUGCCAGCGAGAUGCGUCCGUGCCGUUUGGUUCAGGCGGCCUCCUGGAAUCGACUUUUAGGUUGCGAGAUUGUCAGCAAUAAACAAUGGCAAAGUAAUACAAAUGGCACUAACGGCAAUGGGAUUGUCUCUGUGCUUCACUCCUAGAACUGUCUUCCCCACUUGACUUUAUAAAUCCUGGUUCUUCACUAGUUUUCCAUCAGUAGGCA